AUGUUGAAGCCCAUCCUCGAUAUAGACAAUCUGAAUAUCUCGUUAUCAGUAUUCGGAAUAUUCGUUCUGAUUUACGGAUACCUCUCGGCCAAGAUCCAACAGAACUGGUAUCUGGGAGAAGCUCUGCCCGCAUUCAUCCUCGGCAUCGUCUUCGGGCCCUCUGCAAGCAAUUUCAUGAAUGUCUUGGACUGGGACGGGGACGGUGUGUACCAUAGCACGCACGAGCUGGCAUAUAACCUAUCGCGCAUCGUCAUCGGCAUCCAGCUCGUCAAGGUCGGCUACGAGCUGCCAAAGCAGUACCAGAAACAGCGAGGCGUGGAGAUGACCAUCUGCCUGUUCCCCGUCAUGGCCAUGAUGUGGCUCUGCACGACGGGGUGCAUAAAACUGAUUGUUCCAAAAGUAUCACUCGUAUCCUCCCUCAUAAUCGCCUCCUGCGUCACCUGCACCGACCCGGUCCUCUCGCAGGCCAUCGCCAAAGGCCCCUUCGCUGAGACCUACGUGCGUCGUCCGCUCCGCGAGUUCAUCUCGUCCGAAGCCGGUGGGAACGAUGGCUUCGGCUUCCCCAUCCUGCUCUUCGCGGUUGCGUUGCUACGGUAUGCGGGGACGCGAGAGAAUGCCGUUUCGCUGGAUGAUAUGGAUCAUGCAGAGGGGAUCCCCGACCAGCUAGGUGCUGGCGAGCAUGGAAGGUAUGGCGGCGGAUUGGAAACCGCGUUGAAGCAUUGGGCUAUAGAGGGUGUUUUGUUCAUGGUGUUGUUGGGGUUUGCCUACGGUGUCAUACUGGGCUGGGUGUGUAGGGUAUUGCUGAAUCGGGCUCUGGCACGGAAAUGGGUCGAUAACGAGAGCUACCUCCUGUUCCCCUUCGCCAUGGGCCUCUUCAUCGUCGGUACAUGCGGCUGCUUCGGCGCCGACGAGACCCUGGCGUGCUUUGCUGCUGGCAACGCGCUGAACUGGGACGGCCGGUUCCUCGCCGAAGUGCACCUGCGACACGACUCGUUCAACAACACCCUCGAGCGCUUCCUCAACUUCGCAGCCUUCAUGUUUAUCGGACUGGUCAUGCCGUGGCAUGAACUCAUGCUGCCGGCGAAGGUCUCUGUGCAUGGACUCACUGCAUGGCGUCUGUUUGCGCUCGCGGGCUUGGUGUUGCUGCUCAGAAGGAUUCCAGCCAUUCUACUCGCGUAUCGGUUCAUGCCGAAUGUGUGUCGGGAUUGGAAGGAGGCUCUGUUUAUGGGGUAUUUCGGGCCGAUUGGGAUUGGCUCGGUGUGUUAUGUCGAGUAUGCGAAGAACCUCUUCCCCAGUCCGGGACAGAGCGAUGAAGAAAUCAACAAUCUGACCGAGGUCAUGGUGCCAGUGGUAUACUGGCUCGUAUUCUUCUCGAUCAUCGUGCACGGCCUCUCUGUCCCGGUUCUGCAGGCGAUAUACAAAUACUGCAAAGUUCCACCCAUCCACGACCACCCCGUCGAAGUGUUAUUGUUAUCCAACAACGAGCCUCUACCCACCAACAGCACCGCCUGUCCGCAGCGCCACACGGCGAUGCUGAAUAACCGCUUCUCGCGCCAGGACGAGGAGAAUGAUGAGAUGACGAAUACUCAUCGACGGUGUACGAGUUCUGAGCAAGGGUCGGAUGAGAGUGUGAUGUUGGAUAAUAGUAAUAAUAAUAAUAAUAAUGAGCGGCGGAGUGUGAGUUCGAUGAGCCCCACGGACAGUAUGCCUUCGGUGGCGCCGAUGAGGCUGAUGCAUCAUAUGGUUUGA